AUGUGGACUUUUUCUGGACCUGUUGACGCUCAGGAAGCGCGCCGCACUGGAGCCUUUACGUCGCUGCCGAUUCGCAUCCAUCGUCGAAAUGACAUUGCCGACGCCGCCACCAUCCAGUCUUUGCGCGACUGGAACCAACACGUCGGCGACGGCUGGGAGCGCAAGUCCGGAUCGGCAAUGUCCCCGGUGGGGAACUGGGGUGCCUUCAUCUUCCCCGAAUCCUUCGAAGAGCGGCUCUUCAGCAUCACAUACCUCGCGAGCAUUGGGAAUAUCCACGAUGGUAAUGCCUGCGAGGACAUGGAUCUCGAAGAGGCUGUCCGAGACCAUCAGCACUUCAGCGAUGCUCUCCAGCCAGAAGCCGUCGACGACGUUGCAGAUGGUGCCAUGAAGCAGAGGAAGAUGAAGUCUCUGGUCAGCAAGAUCAUGCUGGACAUUCUGGCCUUGGACCGCGACAUGGGCCUCCGCAUGCUCCAGUCAUAUCGGGAGAAGUGGCUGGAUGUCAUGGAGAAGCCUGAUUUCGACAAGGUCGAGUCGAUGGAAAAGUACCUGGAGUUCCGCAUGCUGAAUGGGGGGAUGGAGCCGUUCUGGCUGAUGUGUCAAUUUGGAAUGGGCUUGAACCUUCCGGAUAACGAGUUGGAGUUGCUCCGUCCCAUAUUCGAGCCUGCAGAAGCGGCCUUGGUGCUCACCAACGACUACUUCAGCUGGGAUCGCGAGUAUCACAGCGCGACGCAUACGGGAGCCCGCAUAGUCAAUUCCAUCGACCUCCUCAGGCGAACUCGGGGACUCAGCAUCGACGAAGCACGGCAAGCGGUGAAGCAGUUGAUCGUCGACUACGAGCAGGACUACUUGGCCCAAAAAGAGACUUAUAUCAAGGAGAAUCCAAACCUGCCCGCCCACGUGCACUUGUUCAUCGAGGUAUGUGGCCUGGUGGUUGCCGGCAACCAUUACUGGUGCGCCAACUGCCCUCGACACCACGCCUGGCAGCACCAGACCGAGGUCAACGCCAAAGUGCUCGACGGCCCCGAGCUCAAGACGACUGAGCUGCCGAUAAUCCUUUUGGCCGACGGCAAGUCGAAGGACGACAGCAAGCCCAAGCCCAUCGGGCCGCCGGCCAGACGAGACUCUGCCUUGGACACCGAGACCUGGGACACGCCUAGCCCAGCCGACGCCGCCACCCAAGACCUCGACCCUCUCGAAGCACCGUGUGCCUACAUCGCAUCGCUACCAUCCAAGGGCGUGCGAAAUACGCUCAUCGACGCGCUGAACCAAUGGUUCGGGCUGCCCCCGGCGCGCAUCGAGCCCAUCAAGGCGGCAACGACGCUGCUGCACAACGCGUCGCUGAUGCUCGACGACGUGCAAGACGGGUCCCUGCUGCGGCGCGGCCGUCCUGCGGCACACGUUGUCUUUGGCGCCGCCCAGGCCAUCAACAGCGCCACGAGCAUGUUCGUCCGCGCCGCGCGCCUCGUCGCCGCCACCGGCAUCGCGCCCGCCGACUAUACCAGCUUCCUCGACAGCUUACACGCCUUACACGCCGGCCAGGCGUGGGACCUGCAUUGGAAGGCGGCCGCACGCGCGGUGCCGUCGCGUGCGCGCUACUUCGACAUGGUCGACGGCAAGACGGGCGCCAUGUUCGACCUGGUGGCGCAGCUCAUGCGGGCACAGGCCCAUCAGCGGGACUCGACGAAGAGCCAGCCGCUGCCGGAUCUCGACCGCUUUGGGAAGCUGUUCGGCCGCUUCUUCCAGGCGCUCGACGACUACCGCAACCUGCGGUCCGACGCGUACGCGGGCCAGAAGGGCGAGUGCGAGGACCUCGACGAGGGCAAGAAGUCGUUCCUCGUCGUACUCUGCCACGAGCGCCGUCCAGACCUGGCCGCCCAGGUCCUGGGCAUCUUCGCCAACCACUCGUGCGGAAACGGCCAGCAGCAGCCGGCGGCGCCCAUGCCCGCCGCCACCAAGGCCUACAUCGUCGGCCUCUUCGACCAAGCAGGCGUGUUCGAUGCCGCCCUCGACUGGCUCCGGCAGGCCGAGGACGAGCUCCUCGCAGAGAUUGCCGACGUCGAGCGCCGCGUCGGUGUCGAGAACCACAUGCUGCGCCUGCUCGUCGGCACGCUUAGCGUCAAGACCGAGGCGGCGGUGCGUGCCUGA